AGGCACAUAUCAGAUAUAACAAAAAAUGUGCCUCCCCUUCAGAUGGGCUAUGUUAGGGGAGGCUCAAUUUUUCAGCUGUGUCUGAUAAUUCUGAGUGGAAGGCUCAACUUUUCAGAACACAGGUAUUUAACCACUAAGCCAAGCAGCAGACUCAUAAAAGCUGUUUAAAAUUAAGGCAAAAGUGGACAAAAAAAGGAACGCAGAACGGAGCGCACGAUAUGAAAGUGAAAGCAAUUGUCUGGAAUGACGGAAGUUCCUUAUUGGAAAAUAAAAGCUAAACCACUGCGUCGAGAUUUGUAGAAACACAAUUCACAAACCUGGAAAGCACAUGUAUUUAAUUCAGGAUUGUGCAGACAUGGGACACGUGGAACUGGUUUAAAGAUAUUUCAUAACUUGCUGUAUGCUAUACAACAUAAUAAAAUGGAGAAGUGACAGUCAACUACAAGCCAUGUGUUGGAGUUUCUUGUUCUGUCAAUCAGCAAAAAUGAGCGUAAAAUGAGAAAUGUUUUCUUCAGGUAUGUCUUUGGUCUUUAUCCACUGGGACUAGUUCUGUUGCCUAUUGUGUACCCCUGUGGGAACAAGACCACGACUUCUAUAAUUAUGGAUUACAGGAACCUCAUUGGCAAUCCAAUUUCCGAAGUUCAUGAAAUAAUUACAAGAAAAAUUAAUCAAACCUGCCUGGAAAACCAGACUCGUACCUGUGAACAAAAUAAAGAAAUUGGCUCCAUUCGUCAAAUGGUGUGUUCAAUUCAACGAAGGAGACUACAUUUUACAGAAUUCCAGCCACAAUUAACAAUUAUUCUUAAAACAAUACAAAUAUCUCUUGGAUGUGACUGUGAACUGGGUCGCAGUGCUGUCCGUAAAAGAGAUACCAAACAAAACCCAAGAAGAACACAGAAAAGGCUUUGCAAACUAAAGAACCUUAUAAUCAAUAUACAGUCUUGUUUUCAGAAGUAUAAUUCAAAGGAUGUCACCUAACUGCUGAAUGCUGUUCCUUAAGAGACAUUAAAUGAUUCAAUUCAAACCUAACAACUUUAUUAGCAUGCAUUUGUACAUACUGUACCAGGUGGCAUAUCUUGUUGAAAUAGGAGGUUUCAAAACAAUACUUCUUCAUUGUAUUCUGUGUCCAGCUACACUGUAGCUUAAAUGAGCGUGUACAUGUAGGUGGAUAAUUGUGCUGAGCCCGAAUUUGAUGUUGGGGCCAAUGACUAAUGCUAAGGAAUAAAUAAUUUUCCCAAUUUUGAUGAAAAAACUCAGAGCAAACAGCCCUUGUCGUAAUGCGAUUUUGGUACAUGCUUUGCCCUGUCAUUUUCUGUUCUGCAUUAAUGCUAGGGGUCGGCAUAACAUUCGCAGCGUGGCCUCAUUUGCAUGUUAGCUUUGAACGAUUUUGAUGACGGCGCAGACGGGGGCGACUAUAUUAUUUAAGAUAACAUUUUUUGUAUGACACAGGUAUAGAUCAUUAUGUCUGUACACUGUAAAGACGAGAUGGAUAACUAAACUUUAGUGAUACUGUGAAAAGUUAAUCUUUUCAAAUGAUCUAUUGGCUUAGCACAUAACUGCAUUUAUAGUGAUGUAUCCAACUUUAUUUCCCCAGAUCUCUGUGAAUAUGAUUAUUGUAUGUCCUAACUUACAUUCCAGCAUGGUAUUUCAAAAACAAUGUAACAGUAUGUCUAAAUGACUGAUUGGACUCAUUCUGUAUAGUAUCUACAGUAGACUCGGCUCUGCUGUAUGAGUGCUACCAGGGUGUACUAGGGCCGGAGCAUGGCUACUUUUU